AUGGUGUCGGACGGUCGAACCGAGCGCUGGUCUUCUAGCCAUGAGAGCAAUGCGGCUGAAGCAACGGUGAAAAUCUGCAACACACUAGCUGCUAAGGAGGCGUUCGAAAACGCCAGCGAGGAGAACUCCGAAUAUUGCAUCUUCAAAGAGCAGGCUAAAGUCAAACGCACGACAGUCGACGAGAACUCGUGGUCCAAAUAUAUUGUCACUACCCCGCGGACACGACAUGGUCACAGCGUUGGUGAAUGA